GCUGGGACCGGGAGAACCGGGGGAAACCGGGACUGGGGGAACCGGGGCUGCAGGAGCCGUGCCUCGUAGUCCCGUACUGCAGCCUUGGGGGACUGAGGGACGCAGGACCGGGGUUCAGACCGUGCUGGGGACCCCCCGCCCCUCGGGCUGGGACUGGAGCCCCCCGGUGCGUGUGGCCGGGGGGGUCUCCGUUGCAGUGCCUUCUGGCGCCCUUCUCCGAGGCGGUUGACAGCCCCACCGUCCCCGUCCCGUUCCAGCUGUACGCGCCAAGGCCGUGGGCUUGGCCGAGCGCGGGGGCUGCCGGCCUUGGCUGGGUACAUAAACCCCGUCCCUCCUCCAUCGCCCGGCUGGGCGCCAUGGCCAGUGCGGGGGGACGAGCCCCUCUGGGUUUCAAGCGGUGGCUGUCGUCGUCGUCCUCCUCCUCCUGCGGCCCGGCUCCUCGUGUCUGCGUGGUGGGCAGUGGGCCCGCGGGCUUUUACACGGCUCAGCACAUCCUCAAGCACCAUGGCGGGGCCCAAGUGGACAUCUAUGAGAAGCUGCCUGUUCCCUUCGGGCUUGUCCGUUUUGGGGUGGCCCCCGACCACCCCGAGGUGAAGAACGUGAUCAACGCCUUCACGCAGACGGCGCGCUCGGAGCGCUGCGCCUACUACGGAAAUGUCACCGUGGGGAGGGACGUCACGGUGGCAGAGCUGCGGCAGGCUUACCACGCCGUGGUGCUGAGUUACGGUGCUGAAGAUAACCGGGUCCUGGGGAUCCCAGGGGAGAACCUCUCCGGCGUUUAUUCGGCCCGAGAGUUCGUGGGCUGGUACAACGGGCUGCCCGAGAACCGGGAUCUGAAGCCUGACCUGAGCUGCGAGACAGCACUGAUUCUGGGUCAUGGCAAUGUGGCACUGGAUAUCGCCCGGAUCCUCCUGUCCCCACUGAGUCUCCUUAGGAAGACAGACAUCACUGACGGCUCCCUGGCAGCUCUUGCCUGCAGCAAGGUGAAGCGCGUCUGGCUGGUUGGGAGGAGGGGACCUCUCCAAGUUGCUUUCACAAUCAAGGAGCUGCGGGAGAUGAUAAACCUGCCUGGUGCCAGGCCUGUCCUGAACCCUGCUGACUUCACGGGCCUCGAAAAUGCGGUUAAAGAUGCCCCCAGGCCCAGGAAGCGACUGACUGAGCUGAUGAUCAAAACAGCCCUGGAGAAGCCUGGGGAGAAGACGCUGGAGGCACAGGCAGCAGCCCCCCGGGAAUGGGGGCUGAAGUUCCAGCGCAGCCCCCAGGAGGUGCUGCCCACCGCUGACGGGAGGCGGGCAAGGGGCAUCCGCAUGGCCCUGACCCGCCUGGAGGGUUCGGGUGACUCCGCCAAAGCCGUCGCAACUGGAGAUGUGGAGGAGCUGGAGUGCGGGCUGGUGCUCAGCAGCAUUGGCUACCGGAGCCUGCCACUGGACCCAGCAGUACCCUUUGACACCCAGCGCGGCAUUAUCCCCAACAGCUCGGGCAGAGUGGAGGGUGUUCCAGGUCUGUACUGCAGCGGGUGGGUGAAGAGAGGACCCACGGGCGUGAUCAUCACCACCAUGAAUGACAGCUUUGACACUGCCCAGUCUGUGCUGGAGGAUCUCCAGGUGGGCGCGCUGGACGUGUCCACCUCCAGAGAAGGCUUUGGGGCCGUGGAGAGCAUCCUGCGCAGCCGAGGGGUCCGUCCCAUUUCCUUCUCGGACUGGGAGAAGAUAGAUGCUGCUGAAGUGGCAAGAGGCAAAGCUGCUGGCAAACCCCGAGAGAAGAUAGUGGAUCCUCAGGAGAUGCUGCGGCUGAUCGGUCACUAAAGCAGCAGCGAUGGGAAUGUGGCGCUGGUCCGCCUGGUACUGUCCUGGGGCGACACCAGAAGGUUACAGGCAGGGCCUGCGAGCACAGGGCUUGUGCCCGGGGCUGGUGGCCACUCUGGAGAGGCAUGUGACACUUGAGCCUCUCUAGUAAUGAUAAACUCUGGGUUCCCAAGGUGAAUGUCUCAAACCAUCUGAGGCUGCUGGCUGGCCCCACGUCUCCGCAGCCGGCUGCCACUCCUGGGGGUGAUUCUUGUGAUUUGGGUCCUUCGAGCAUGAACAAAUUGGCCGGUACAGGUGAGGGAAGAUGUGCAUGUCGCAGGAGUCCUGGCCAGACACUUUUGCCCAUGGCAAGUCGCAGAGAGAAGCUUCCUUGUGACUUGCUGCCUUCCCUUUAAGCCUCAAGCCAAAUGGCUUCAUUGCCUUGUCAUUCGUGCCCGAGCAGGCUUCUUUUAAUAAUAAUUGUUUUUUAAAUAAACUCUUCCAGGAAAGCCAAAUUGGACCCGCUGCUUGAGUCUGGCUUCUUUGUCUGUGACUGCCUUAAUCCCGGAGCAGCCAGCCGAGCGCCGCGUCUCCCACGCCGUGUCCCAAGGCAAGGCAGCUCCUCUCGAGCAGGGAGGGACCGGCCGCUCUCCGCGUGUUGUGAGCUCUAAACAAACAGACAAGGGCACUGCUGUGCUUUCUGCCUCCCACGAUUAAACCCCGGCAGAGCCUGGGUUCUAACUGGUGGGGUGGAUUGGGGUAAAAGCGUGUAACUGCCUUGUUCAGGAUCACGAGGGAUCCUGUGUUCCGUGGUACCUGUGAGCGCUGACUGGUGCAAUCAAUGCCUUGAGCCCUUUCCCUGCGUUCACUGGGGGUUUGGGGUUUUUUUGGCCUGUGUCUUUUGAAGCUUAUUAAAUGCUUCUUUUAGCCCAAAUUGACUGUGGUGACGGUGUCAGGUUUUAAGCCAGAUUACAAGCUGUGAGCCAUAAUCUCCUCUUUAUCCGGGGUGCAGGGGCCGCGUGAGCGUGGCCCCUUCCCCUGGCCGUCCUGCCACCCACGCUGUCCCUGUCCCCCCGCGGGGGGGGACCUGUGUAAAUGGUGACAAUGGCAGUUGCGGGUGGCUGUGUGUUACAAGUCAGUUAGGCUCCGUGGUGGAGGCAGAAGGUAAAUGGAGCCAGCGGUUUGUCUCGGGUCCGCGCUCAAGCGUUACCCUCUCCCAUGGCAGAGGGCUUGCCCACCAGGCACCGUACCCCCACCCAUCUCUGGUCCAACCUUAGGGAAGGAAGAUCCGUGGCUUCUCUCUCUUUUUCUUUUUUCUUCUUUUUUCUCUUUUUCCCUUUCCUUUUCUAUUUAAAUCUCAUUUGCCAGCUCAUUAAGAAACUCAGGAAAUGUGAUACUGGGAACUCGUACGCAAACGAGCAA